AUCACCGCCGCGCCGCGGGCUCUAGUGUUUGUUGCUAUUAGCAUGGCGGCAGUCGGAGGGUCACCAACUCGGGCGCUGCGGUUCCUUUUUGGUUACGGCCUCCGCGCUCGGUCAGCCGUCGCAGCGACGAUCUCGGGGCCUCGAGGACUGGUCUACGAGCAGCAUGGAGAGCCUGCUCAGGUCCUACACCUAAAAGAUGUAGCUUUAGCCAAACUGGGGGAUUUUGGAGUCCACAUGAAAAUAAUUGCAGCUCCUAUCAACCCGUCAGACAUCAAUAUGAUUCAAGGAUCCUAUGCCAUUCUUGCUAACUUACCUGCAGUUGGAGGGAACGAAGGAGUUGGGCAAGUGAUGGACACAGGAAAUUCUGUGACAACUUUGAAACCAGGAGACUGGGUGAUUCCAGCUGAUGCGGGACUUGGAACUUGGCGAACAGAAGCAGUAUUUGAUGAGAAAAUUCUGCUGAAAAUCCCCCCAGAUAUUCCAUUGACUUGUGCUGCCACACUGGGUGUUAACCCCUGCACAGCUUAUCGGAUGUUGUGUGAUUUUGAGACUUUGGAUCCAGGGGAUAUGGCAGAGGCUCUGAAGGCAGAGGACAAGAAGUUUGAGUUCUCCCUGCGCCGAGCUCACCAGGCUUCGGCAUGGGCAAUUAAGGAUGCAACUUCAUCUUCGUUCUUUGCAAGAGCUUCUAUCAUGUGGCUCCACGAACUUCAGGCCCUCGUUCCCCCUGACCAGGUUCGCACUCAUCAAACUCUGGGGGAGUCUAUCAUCCAAAAUGCAGCCAAUAGUGGAGUGGGACAGGCUGUAAUCCAGAUUGCAGCAGCCAAGGGCAUCAAAACAAUAAAUGUAGUAAGAGAUAGACCAAAUCUCCAGGAUCUUAUAGACAGACUCAAGUCCCUUGGAGCAGACCAUGUUAUCACAGAGGAGAUGCUAAGAAAACCAGAAAUGAAAGAUUUGUUUAAGGAAAUUCCUAAACCCUCGUUAGCUCUGAAUGGUGUUGGAGGGAAAAGUGCUACUGAGCUGAUGCGUCACUUGCGGCAAAGUGGGACCAUGGUUACCUACGGUGGGAUGUCAAAGCAGCCUGUGACAGUCCCUGUGAGCGCACUGAUCUUUAAGGAUGUCAAACUUUGUGGCUUUUGGAUGACCCAGUGGAAGAGGGCCAAUGCCCAGAGCAAAGACAAGCUGGAAACAAUGAUAGCAGAUCUGUGCACUCUCAUUCGAAAGGGUCAGUUGGUUGCUCCUGCCUGCCAAGAAGUCCCUUUGGUAGAUUACCAAGCAGCUUUGAAGAUUUCCCAGGAACCAUAUGUAUCAGUUAAGCAGAUCCUCCGGAUGUGAAGAUCAUCUGAUGAGAAAAUAACAGACAAGCAUGUUCAGUCCCAGAAGGCCUGAAUGAUUCAGCAUUACAGAACCGAAGUGAUUUAUAUCCUCAUGUCCAUCUUCCGGCUCAACAGGGACAGACAGAGGAGUGGGGAGCAAACAGUGCAGGCUUAACAUAGAGGGGAAAUCACUAUCCAAUAUCAGUGAUGGCAUGGGAGCUAAAGCAAUUUUGGUUUCUACCCAACCAGGGAAUCCUUGUAGACUUUCUCUUUUUAUUUUUUGUUUUGUUAUUAAACUUAUAUGGCAUCCAUCAGGCCAGAGACAACUUUAGGCAGCUUGAUAGAAGUCUGGAGAAACAAAGAGACAUUUCAGCCCAUGGAGGAUCUGUUCGCAACAGCUCUUAUCUUGGAAAUUCUUUCAUCUAUGCUGAUGUAUGUGUGCACACUCAGAAUAUUUACUAAUAUACAGUGUGAUAAGACUUCCUCAAGAGUGAAAUGAGAUGGGACAGAUGGUGGUCCCACUGGGGUUAAAGACUUUGUAUAAAUCUCUCUCUGAUUCUGCAGAUUAUAACGAAUUAGGUAGGUUUUUAGUAUUUUCCUCUUUUACUGGCAUAGGAUGCUGUCAACAGUCUUUGCAGCCAGAUCCUUUUCUUUCCUGAGCGAAAUGACUCUUGACAAGUUAGUCAUUGAGCAGGAAAAUCAUGGUGAAUGCAUUCAGCUUCAAAAUUAGUUCUGUGGCUUCUGAGGUAACUUUCCCCAACUUCGUAUUUGAUUUUCAUAACUCUUGGCCCACACAACUGAUCCUCAUGCUGGCUGGCAAAUAUAUGACCAAGUCCAAAAUAUUUGGGAUGGAGAAGAGUUUUCCAAGCUAGUGUUUCUCAACCCUGACAACUUGAAGAUGUAUGGACUUCAACUCCCAGAAUUCCAUAUAUUGAAGUUUCCAAGUCCAUCCAAGUCAAGUUGAAGUUCACACAUCUUCAAGUUGCCAAACUUGAGAAACACUGUUCUAAGCCAUUCUUAUGCAUUUUCAGAGAUGUAUUUUAAAAGCAGCAGCAGAUGCUAAAAAUAGAGUGAUCUGUACAGUAAUAUGCAACAAGGGAAACUAGCUUCACUUAGUAGAUUUCUUAGCAGCUCCUUUUCAUUCUAAUGUUAGUUUAUUAAAGAUGGAUGAGUAAUUAGCCCAUCAAGGCAUUUUCCUUGGAGCAGCCAGCUCGCAGGGGAGUUUCUAAACAGCUGCAGUGUAAUUUGAGAGCCAGGAUGGAUCAAUUGUAGCCUGCAGCAUCGAAAGUCCUCUUUGGGAUAUAAUGUCGGAAAAAGAACAGUUUUGAAUUGGUUAUGAUGGCUGUAACUGAGAUGAAAGCAAAUUGCAUUUGAUUACAAACCUGUUCUUGCAAAAUCAUACAAUGGCUGUUGAAAUGUCAGUGAUUUUCAUCUCCAAUAAAGUGUUUUAGCUCUGAUCACCGAUGAGAUUUUUCCUUGGCCUUAGUAAUAGCAAAUGACAGCCUUGAAGCCCUUCAAUUGCACAGUGUUGCUGCAUCAGUUUCGAAUCUCUUCUGCUGUACUGGUUUAAUUGUUAGUGUCAGGUUUUCAGACAUUAGAUUUGAUAUGUAGGAGUCUUGUGCUCUUAUGCGCAAAAUGUAGAUAGUGAAGGUGCUGGACUUAAACAAAUGCAUGGCAUGAUUAUAAUGAAAUGUUAGGUUGGUCCUACAUAAGUGUGGCACAGCACAAUAAAGCCAUAUGUGCAUUUUA